UUUUCAAACAUACCUACAUACAUAAAAACUAUCCCGCAUUACCGAAAAACUAAACAAAACAACAAAAGUCAGCAUACAUAUUUCCAUAACGACACUUUUGCGCGCACAAACCUGCCCGUGUGCAAGAUCAUACGUGCCUACCCCCAACAGCGCUAAUCACCAGCACCCACCCACCCACUCUGAUUGCUGCGCAGCGCAACGUCGUCGUUUAGCGUCGUGUGAGUACGUGUGUGUGUGUGUGUGUGCAGCAGGUGGGUGCGCAUCGCGCACAAACAGCAUAACAGCAAGCACAACAAAAACAGCAACAUUUGACACAACGAAAAAUAAAGCGCGAAAAAACUUCAAAGUGCAACGAAAACAAUUUUUAAAAAGACAACCAAAGCCAAAAACAUACAAAAAGCAAAAAACUCUCAGCCGCAAAAGGGCAAAAAGUAAAACAAACAAAAAAUAUUAAAUCACAAAAAUAAAAUUAUGGCUGUUGUCUUUUAUAUGCCCGAGGCGGGUGCCGAUGACUCUGCAUCGAGUGGUGGUCACGGCAGUGCGGGCAGCGGCAGCGCCGCCUCAUCGACAUCACAAUCGCCAAAUACGACCACAUCGGCCACACAAACGCCCAUGCAGAGUCCGCUGUUGACGAGUCCGCACAUUGUGAUGGCCCUCUGCGAGGCGGUCUAUCAAUCAUGGAACACUCAACGGAUGUUAAUCAAGCAUCACAUUUGCGUCCAAUGCAGAGGUAUUGAAAAAUGUAUGUCGCAGAGAAAUUCAGAACUUUUACCAUAUACGCCAGCCUUCCAAUAUCCACCACCAGCCAGUCCAUGCUGCCAUGUGCACAGCCCCUCGCCAUUUACCACAGGCAGUGUCGGCGGCGGCGGCGGCGGCGGUGGCGAAGUAUUCUUUCCACACAACCGCAGCACACCACGCACCCCACGCACCAGUGUUAGUUUCGCGGCCGGUGAGGAAACCACAUUCUUCCGCCAUCACAAUGUCAGUGGCGGUUGCAGUAGCAGCGCCCCACACCUGCAGCCACCACAAUCGGCACCACCAAUGCCACCCAGUAGUCAUGCCGGUGCGCAUAGUCAAACAGCGCCACAACAAUACCAGCAAUAUUCAUAUCCACACUAUCAGUAUACACCACCACCGACACCGCUCACAGCCAAUGCCAGCACCAGCACAAGCACCUGCACCGGCACCGGCAAUAUGUUCGGUUCAACGGAGGCGACAACGCAUCAGCGCACUUGUGUAGCGUCGACGUCAACAUCGACGCCGUCCUGUAGUUCGAAGGGACAUGCGCGAUUGCAUCGCAGCUUCUCAGAUGCACAGAAGCGCUCGCGUCGCACAUCAACCGCAAAUGAUGAUGAACGCGAGUGUCAUAGUGAGCAUGAAACCAGCUGGGAUGAGUUCGAUGAUCGUUAUGAAAAUUUUACAGCAGGCCGUGAACGUUUACAGGAAUUCAAUGGGCGAAUACCGCCGCGUAAGAAGAAAAAGGAUGUGCCAAAAUCGAAGUCAGAAAAGAAGCAAUUCAAAUCCUUCAUCUGGCCAACUGUCGUCACAGUAAUCGUUGUAGCAAUGGGUUGUGGCUUCCUUGUGGCGCGAUGAGUGCCCAAAAUGUGAAGCAGCCGCAGCAUCAGCGUCAGCCGCAAUACUUACUUACAAUUAGAAUGAAAAAGCAGCAGAAAAGCAAUGCAUACAAAAAUAAUUAUUUACACUGAAAAAAUAAAAAACAAUAUAUAAACAAAAUUGCGAAAGGAAACAAAAACCAUGAAUAAAAAGUGGCUAAACAACAACAAACACGUGAAAUGUAUGUUUUGAAUGCAAAGAAGGAGUCGAAAAAUAAAUUUUUGAGGUGAAAGAACCUACACGACAAAUGCGGAAUGUGAAAUUUUGAACGUUCGCAGCGCGUGGAAUGAGGCGACUUAUACGCCGCGCAAAAGUGAGAACAACCGGAGAGCCGAAACAAAAAGAGAAGCAAAUGUGUGAUUGAAGAAAGAAUACAGUUUUGAAGAAUGAAACUUUUUUGAAUGAAAUGCGUCGAUCGAUAAGGC